CGGCUAGACAUGAGCUAGAACCUAGGAGCCAGACCUGGCUACGUUCAGGAGAGUAGGUCACAGUGGCUGGACAGUGAGGUCACAGAGAGGUUUAUUUGGCCUGGACUCCAUGAAGGAGGGGCCCAAGGGGUCCCCCAGGCCCAGACAGGGGACAUGGUGUGGGAAAGGCAGUGGGGACACGGCCCAGAGAGAUGAGGGCAGGAGCAGGGAGGGGACUGUCAGGAUGGUGAGGAGAAGCUGGAGACGGAAGCUGCAAAAAUUGACUGGGCUGUGUGGUCGGGAGGAGGGGCUCCGGGUGAAGCGGAACUGUCCUUCUUUUGGCCCAGAGCAUGAGAGUGACGAGAAGAAGGGAAGAGGGAACUCUGUUUCUGUUCAGCUGUUCCCCCCAGAGCUGGUGGAGCAUAUUGUCUCAUUCCUCCCAGUACGAGAUGCAGUCGCCCUAGGCCAGACCUGCCGCUACUUCCGAGAAGUGUGUGACACUGAGGGCGUGUGGAGGCGCAUCUGCCGCAAGCUCAGUCCAUACCUCCGGAAGCAGGGUUCUGGAGUCCGACCCUGGAAGAGAGCAGCUGUUCUGAACUACACGAAGGGCCUGUAUUUCCAGGCAUUUGGAGGCCGGCGCCGAUGUCUCAGCAAGAGCGUGGCCCCCUUGCUAGCCCAUGGCUACCGCCGCUUCUUGCCCACCAAGGACCACAUCUUCAUUCUCGACUACCUGGGGACUCUCUUCUUCCUCAAAAAUGCUCUGGUCUCCUCCACCCUGGGCCAGAUCCAGUGGAAGCGGGCGUGCCGCUAUGUUGUGUUGUGUCGUGGAGCCAAGGAUUUUGCCUCCGACCCAAGAUGCGACACGGUUUAUCGUAAAUACCUCUACGUCUUGGCCACUCGGGAGCAGUCCGGAGUGGCCGGCACCACCAGCAGCCGAGCCUGUGACUGUGUGGAGGUCUUCCUGCAGUCAAGCGGGCAGCGGGUCUUCAAGAUGAUGUUCCACCACUCCAUGAGCUUCAAACAGAUUUCACUGCUUGGGCAGGAGACCGGGCGGGUUCUGCUGCUCCUCACAGAGGAAGGAAAGAUCUACUCUUUGGUAGUGAAUGAGACGCAGCUGGACCAGCCGCGCUCCUACACAGUUCAGCUGGCCCUCAGGAAGAUGUCCUGCUGCCUGCCUCACCUGCGCGUGAACUGCAUGUCUUCCAACCAAAGCAGUGCCCUCUACAUCACAGACCAGGGGGCAGUGUAUUUUGAGGUGCAUACCCCAGGGGUGUAUCGUGACCUCUUUGGGACCCUUCAAGCCUUUGACCCCCUGGACCAGCAGAUGCCGCUUGCUGUCUCCGUGCCUACCAAGGUCCUAUUCUGUGCCCUUGGCUAUAACCACUUUGGCGUGGUGGAUGAAUUUGGCCGAGUCUUCAUGCAGGGAAAUAACAGAUAUGGGCAGCUAGGAACAGGGGACAAAAUGGACCGAGGGGAACCCACACUGGUACCUUAUCUGAAACGCCCCAUUGCCCUCUGGUGUGGCCUCAACCAUUCCCUGGUGCUGAGCCAGGAUGCAGACUUCAGCAAGGAGCUGCUAGGCUGUGGUUGUGGGGCCGGUGGCCGCCUCCCUGGCUGGCCUAAGGGGAGCGCCUCCUUUGUCAAGCUCCACGUCAAGGUCCCUCCGUGUGCCUGCUCCCUCUGCUCCACUAGAGAGUGCCUCUACAUGCUGUCCAGCCACGACAUCGAGCAAUGCUCCAUCUAUCAGGACCUGCCAGCUGCCUGGGGGAUGGACAGCCUGGAGCCCAGCCUGAGGUCCAGAGGCCUCCAGGACCCUGCGGGGGCAGCCUGGGCCUAUGAGGAGUACCUCAGCCAGAUCCACAGUUGCCCCACACUCCAGGACUGCCUGGAGAAGAUGAAGGAGAUCGUGGGCUGGAUGCCCUUGAUGGCCGCACAGAGGGAUUUCUUCUGGAAGGCUCUGAACAUACUGCAGAAGACAUCACUGGGGUUUACCCCAGGUCCCUCAACCCCUGAGAGUUGACCCCUCUCUGGUCCUCACCCCUGGAGGGACAGUGGCCUUGGGCCAGGGGGUACAGAGAAAUGAGUGGUGGCAAUGAACUCUGUAUAUGCACACAAGGAGGGAGUCACAGGGGGAUGGGGACAGCCAGACCUGGCAGGGAAAAUCAAGGAAUGAACACUUUUGUAAAAUAUUCAGGGGGCUGCCCAGGUGGAGCCCCCAACCUGAUAUCAUGGACAAGAGAUUUGAUGGACAAACAGAAUAAAAGGUUGAAGUGAGGCCCAGUUUGGAACCAUGGAGCCUAGCGUGGGACAUAGGAUAGGAGGUGGGGAGCCCAGCACCUGGGCAGUGGGUGAUGACACAGAGCAGGAGCAAUCAAACUCUGCAUUGCUGGGAGCUGUUGGCACCUGAGUCCUCCAGUUUACCUUUCCUUUCCCACUCCCAAAACCUCACCCAGUCUUCUUGAACUUGAAAGUCCUGGCCCUACCUCUGACAACAACUCACCAUUGGUCGAGGGAUUUAGUUCAGUGGUUCUGCUACCUGCCUCACAAGCUCAAGGUCCCAGGUUUGAUCCCCAGGACCAAAAACAAACUAACAAACAAAAACCUCACCAUGUAUACAGAGUUCCCAAGUUUAGGACCACUAUCAGUCCUCCGUUUCCAGUCUCUACUUCAUCCCCCUCAUUCCAAUGCACUCCACACCCUCCUCUCUUCCUCCUAUAUACCUUGCAGGCCUGGGCUUCUGGGUCCUUUCCCUUACUUUCUGUUCCUUUCCCCUUGUCCUCAGUAGAGGGAUACUCCAAUCCUCCCUGCCCUUUUCUUGUACCUUCAGAUAUUUGGAAGAAAAAAUAGAUGAAUAGAAUUCUUCCUCUCUGUUGUGGU